AUGGAUCUGUUUUAUCGUGAGAAUGCUGGUCUAUACCGGACUUUGGUCAAGGGGUUCAAGCCAAGGCCAACGCCAGGAACGGUCAUCCAGACAGCCAGUCCCGAUAUGGUCGUUGGCGCUAGAAUUCGGCCUCUCCUGGACGAGGACGUUGCUGCCGGAUUUCCCUGUGCUGUUUUUCCACGCUCUGCCGAAAAGGGUGUCGUCGAUGUUCACGACCUUUAUAAUCAUCCCAGAGGACGGCCAAUACUGAAGUCGUUUAGCUACCAAGCAGACAAACUUUUCAGCGCUCAAGCAUCCACGGAGGACAUUUACGAUCAUCUGGUGGCACAUUUAGUUCCCUUCGUCCUGGAGGGCAAUAUUGGAACUCUCUUCGCCUACGGACAAACGGGCUCCGGCAAAACAUUUACAGUGAGCCGGCUGGAGCAGCUUGUCGUGGAAUCAUUGAUGGAUGGAAGACUUGGCAAUCAAAAGCAAGUUUAUAUCAGUAUUAUCGAGCUCGCCGGCAAUUCGGCUUACGAUUUGCUCAACUCGCGGAAAUCAAUCUCAAUUCUCGAAGACUCCUUCGGGACUACCCAACUUGCAGGCGCGAAUGAGCACGCUGUACUGGGUGAAACGGACGCGAUGGGCCUAAUUGAACGCGCAUCAUCUUUUCGGCGAACGGCACCGACUCUCAAGAAUGACGCCUCAUCGCGUUCGCAUAGCAUAUGUCGUAUCCGGAUUAGGGAUCCAUCGGCUGCUUCGGACGGCGUUCUCUAUAUGGUUGACUUAGCUGGCUCGGAAGCUGCUCGUGAUGUCUCAGUUCACGGAGCGGACCGCAUGCGCGAGGCGCGUGAGAUCAACAUGAGCCUAUCGGUGUUGAAGGAGUGUAUUCGUGCCAAGGCCCAGGCUGACGGGCUCUCACUGGCGGACAAGCCAACAUCAAAGCGGACGAAACCACAUGUGCCUUUCCGCCGAAGCGCACUGACGAAGGUCCUGAAGCAUGUCUUUGACCCUGUUGGGAGCCGGCGUUGCAAGACGGUCGUUAUAGCUUGUGUCAACCCGAGUCUCGCUGAUGUCGGAGCAAGCAAGAACACCCUACGCUACGCCGAGAUGCUUCGUGUUCUGGUACCAGCACCUGAUGAGGCGUUGUCCAAGAUGAUGGAUCCUAUGUCUUCGACAAAUGCGCAAUUAAGCGAACGGAUAUCCAAGAAUUCAGGUGUUCCGCCUAUCCCGCCCCUCUUAGUACCGAGACACAUGCCAAAGUCGGUUAAACCCGAUAUGGUCCAAAGUAAUUCCAAUUCUCAACGGCGAGUGUCGAGCCGAGAUCUAGACACUAAGGCCGCCCUGAGGCCAUUCAAACAACGUAUUCGCCCAGGCAUGGUUAUUAGUUGGGCCGCCCCUCCUUGUGGCCAUCUGGCUUUUGUGAUGGAAGGCUCAAAUCUAGCGGUGGUACUUUGCCCUGCAGCCGUUGCGGGUACUUCCGUCGACGAUGUUCCCAGAGCCUCGACAAUUAUCACAAGGGAUAAGAGCAGUAGUAUGAAAGAACCUAGCCUUUCCAUCAACAAGAGCGCCCAAUAUCUCUGCGCAUUGGUGGCUCCUGGAUCUGCUGCCAAGUCUUAUGAAGUGAACUUAUGGGAGCAACUUAUCAUCGAUGUUGAUAUGAUGGAGAAGGAGGUCUUUUUGGAAUACGAUGCCGAGACUAGAUACUAUUAUAUCUCCCCUUAG